AUGUAUAAUAAUCCUAUCUUGAAUAGUGAAAGGUUAUAUCUACAGCAAGACCUUUCCUACAAUUUUACAAAUUCAUCAACAAAUGAAAAGAAUAUAGUUUCAAACAACGAAAAGACUUUCUCUUUGUGGAAGUUCAUCAUUAUGAUUAUCAAUUUUUUGAAGUCAUUAAUUUCAUCAAAAGAAAAUACCAGUAACACACAGCAAAUUGAACCCAUCGAAGAGUCAACCCAGAUAGAAGCCCAAAAUCAAGAUAUUUCAAGUGUUGUUGAAGACUCAGAUUUUGAAAUUUUGGGUGAAAGAAAUAUUAUUACAAAUGAUUAUCAUUUCAUAAACAAGAUUCCUACUAAUGAUCAUAUCAAGGAAAAUAGUAUAUUGAUAGAUUAUGAUAGUUUUCAACAGCAGUCACCGCCUGCUGAACAACCGGUAAAACCUCAUCAAAAUUCUUCAAGUCAAUUGCUUAAAGAGUUAGCUUUAAGGAAACUCAAGAAUCAAAUAUCAUCAAAGAGCUCUCAAUAUGGAACAAACUUAUCAAUAGCAAAACCUGUGCGAUAUAAUCAUUCAAGACAGCGAAAAGGUCUUAUACCUGAUGAAUCUCGAUCAAACUCGAUGUCACAACGAAGUCCCGAUUCCGACAAUUUACUUGACAUAUCUCCAACCAUUUCCAAUUAUCAACAAUCAAUACUUAACUACUACAUUCCAUCGAAACCAAUAUCUGUUAACAAAUAUUCAAUAGUAGAUGAUUUAAUUUCCAAUUUACGAUCAAACAAACUAACUUCAGCGUAUGAGCUGUCACAAUCAAAAAUUCAAGAUAUUAUUACAAAAAGAAGAUUAGCUUCCUUAUCAAAAAUCACCCCUUUAAGUGAUGAUCAAUUGUUAAAAGUACAAAAUAUUUGGAGGGCAAACCCUAGAAACGUUUUACUUGAUAAAUAUUCAAUAGAAUUAACCACCGGUGAUUUACAAACCUUACAAGAUGGUAGAUGGCUUAAUGAUAACGUAAUAGAUUAUUAUUUUAAUGUUAUAAUGAAAGAAAAUCCAAAAGUUUUUGGUUGGACUACUCAUUUUUAUUCAACUUUACAACAAAAGGGAUAUCAAGGAGUCUCGAGAUGGGCUAAAAGGAAAAAAAUAGAUGUAUUUUCAAAAGAUAAAAUUUUAGUACCUGUAAAUAUUAGUAAUACUCAUUGGGCAUUAUCGGUGAUUGAUAAUUUAAAAAAAACAAUAAUAUAUUAUGAUUCAUUAAGUAUGUCAGGAAAUCCACAAGCUGUUGAAAACUUAAAAAUGUAUAUGGAUAAAGAAGCAGAAAGAUUAGGUAAAUCUAAAAUGUGUUAUGAACUAAUUUCUCAUUUUGAUUCACCUCAACAAAAUAAUGGUUCAGAUUGUGGAGUAUUUACUUGUACUGCUGCAAAAUAUAUUUCAAAAGAUAAAAAUCUUGAUUAUUCUCAAAAUGAUAUGAAAUUAAUUAGACGUAGUAUGGUUUAUGAAAUGAUUAAUGAUAAAUUAUUAUAA